GGUCGUCCAAUAGGAUGUGAGGAGGGCGGGAUCAGGUCACAUAAUGCUAAUGUGUUUCUUUCCGCGUUUUGGCCGGCUAAUAAUUAUAAACUAGAUAUUAGUUAUUAAUGAUGUUGAAACACACGGGUCGUGUUUCUAACUUUUAAUUGGUUGAAGUGUCCUAAUGGAUGCUGCCUGAGGCGAUUUGGAGUUCCCCACUGAAGCGUUGAGAUCGUGAUCCAGUCGUCAUGAGUCACCGCACUAUCCAUCUCUUCCGUAAGGGCCUGCGGCUGCAUGAUAACCCCACCCUGCUGGGGGCGCUGGCGAGCUCCUCCGCACUCUUCCCCGUCUACGUCCUGGACCGCACCUUCCUGGAGGGGGCGAUGGGCUUGGGCCCGCCACGCUGGCGCUUCAUCCUGCAGAGUCUGGAGGAUCUGGACGCUCGUCUGCGUGCGCUGGGCUCACGGCUCUACGUCCUGCGCGGGUCGACGACGGCGCUGCUGCAUGACCUCGUGACCCGGUGGGGCGUCACACAGAUCAGCUACGACACGGAGGUGGAGCCGUAUUACACGUGCAUGGAGCGGGAAAUACAAGCGCUGGCGCAGGAGCGCGGACUCCAGACGUACACACGUGUGUCUCACACGCUCUACGAUGUCAGGAGGAUCGUGAAGGCCAACGGCGGCUCUCCUCCGCUCACGUAUAAGAAGUUCCUGCAUGUUUUGUCUGUUUUGGGUGAACCAGAGGAACCGGUGCGAGAUGUCAGUGCUGAGGACUUCCUGAGAUGCUCGCCCCCUGUGGAGCCACACCUCGAGCAGACGUACAGCGUCCCGUCUCUGGCGGAUCUGGGUCUGGAGCUUGAGACUGAGGUCUUGUGGCCCGGUGGAGAGACACACGCGCUCCAGAAACUCCACAAACACUUCCAGAGUCAGGGAUGGGUGUCGAACGUCUCCAAAGCGCGGACGGUUCCCAACUCUCUGCUGCCCAGCACCACGGGUCUCAGUCCGUACCUGAGUCUGGGCUGUCUGUCGGUCCGCACCUUCUACCACCGACUCAGCAGCGUCUGCGCGCAGGCGAAGAACCACUCGCUGCCGCCCGUGUCUCUCCAGGGUCAGGUUCUGUGGCGUGAGUUUUUCUACACCGUCGCGUCAGCCACGCCGAACUUCACCAAGAUGCAGGGGAACCCUAUUUGUCUGCAGAUCGACUGGUACCACGAUCCAGAGGCUCUGGAGAAAUGGAGAACCGCUCAGACGGGCUUCCCGUGGAUCGACGCCAUCAUGACCCAGCUGCGGCAGGAGGGCUGGAUCCAUCAUCUGGCGCGGCACGCCGUGGCCUGCUUCCUGACACGAGGAGAUCUCUGGAUCAGCUGGGAGGAGGGCAUGAAGGUGUUCGAGGAGCUCCUGUUAGACGCAGACUAUAGCGUGAACGCCGGGAACUGGAUGUGGUUAUCCGCUAGCGCAUUCUUCCACAAAUACACCAGGAUCUUCUGCCCCGUGCGCUUCGGUCGUCGAACUGACCCUCAAGGACAGUAUGUGAGGAAAUACCUGCCGGUUCUGAAGAACUUCCCCUCGCAGUAUAUUUACGAGCCGUGGAAAGCUCCAGAAGACGUCCAGCUCAGUGCCGGCUGCAUCAUUGGUAAGGACUAUCCUCGUCCCAUGGUGUGCCACACCGAGGCCAGUCAAAGGAACCUGGGUUUGAUGCGUCAGGUGCGCACCGAGCAGCAGAACACGGCCGAACUCACGCGAGAUGUGGCAGAUGACCCGAUGGAGGCGGAGCUUAAGCAUGAGCUGCAGGAGGAGGAGCUUCUAGAGGGGGCGGAGCAACACAGCACAUCCAAACGUUUCAGCAGUGAUGCUGAUCAUAAGUCCCGCCCCUGCAGCUGGACGCCUGAGACUCUACAGUUGAGCGGAGAGGUCAUGUGACUCUAGAACUGCCCAAUCAGACCACAGUAUUGACAUGGAAAUAUGAAUCAUGUUAUAUUGAACCAAAGACAGCAUUUGAACUCUAUUGAUCAGUUUGUUGGUGCGUUUUUCCGUGUUCAUGAGAGAUUUAUCAACAUUGAACAGUUUGUGAACUAAAAGAGCUGAAUUAUAUAUUUUAUGCAACAAUCUUCCUAAUGCAAAUGUGUGGGGUUUUUUCAGCCAUGUGAUAAACGUGUAUAUUGUGCAAAAGAUUAAAUAAAAUAAAUCACCUGUAAA